CAUAAUCUUGAUUGCCUUUAGAAAACAAAAUAUUUUCCCCUACCUACAUUAAUGCAUCGUGGGAUAGAAGGCAGGAUAGAAUAUGGCUUGGCUUUUAAAAGCCUUGUUUAGGUUUGUCCUCUGCCACCCUGGCUCUCUCUGGAUGUCCUCAUGCAAAGUAAUCUCUUUUCUUUUUUUAUAUUCACAUGAAUUGCAAUUUAAGCUUUUCUAGACACACCAUGUAUUAAAGGAUUAGGUCUAAAGCCUAGGUGGGAGAUGUGGUUUUAUGGGCUUAAUAAAAUCAGGAAGAUAGGUCCCUUGCCAUUUCAGGUCUUACUUCCCAAACUCAAAAAAGUUAUUUGUUAUUAAUUUGAUGGUCUUCAGGAAUUUCUGGCUCUUUCUUGGCUAAGAAAAAAAUUAUUAAUGAAUAUGUCAGUUACACUAUAAAGUGUAUAAACUGUUUUAAUAACUGUAUUUUGCAUGAACACUCGUUCUCAUGCUAUGAGAAAGUUAAAUAAAUCUUUAAACAUCCAUCAUUUAAAGGUGUUUUUAGAUUUCACUCUUAAUAUACUCAUUUCAUGACUUUAAUAAUAAAGUGUGUUUGCAGAUUUUACCAGUUAUCAGUAACAGAAAACCUAAUUAUAUAAGUGCCAAAACAGCCUGUAAUCUUAUCAGAAUCCAAUAGCGGUGAUUUACUUUGUUUGGAAAAUUACAUUUCCAGGAAUCCAAUAUGGAGGCUUUAUGUAGUCUAUAAUAUCUUCUGUAAUUCAUAUGUUAAGGUUACAUUAGCUGUGCGGUAGAAAGCAAAGAAGGUAGCUCUCUUAAGUGCCAAGUGAUUUUGGCAUAGAUCAUUUACAGCAUAGCUGAUUAGUUUGGUCGAAGACUAACUUCUUACUUUGUCAUUCACCACAAGUUUCAGUCUAUUAUUAAUUUCACAGUUAUUUUUCCACAGCAUGUUGCCAAAUCCAUUGUUUCUUCAUAUCCAGAACUUUUUAUUUGACACAUGAUAUGAGGGGCAGAGUGCUAGCAGACCUUUGCGACACAUACGUCAAUUAUUCAGGAGUAAGCAUGCUUGCUGGUUUAGGUUUCCUUGGUGCAGCUACAAGACGGCUAUCACAUAGCUAAACAAUGUCUGUGUCAAAAAAGGACACCAUUCAGUGUUUCAAGUGUUUAUGGCUAUUCUGAUCAUUUUCUCUGAUGGUAAGUCGAUCAUAUUACAGUUGGUACCAUUACAGGUUAUGAUACCUUACAUUUAAAACCGUGUUCUUUUUUAAGGGUAUGCAAAUAAUGCCUUUGGCAAAUGCAAAGCUGCCUUAUAUCAUCUCUCAAAGCCUUGCUAAUCAGCAACACUGUUGUCAUGUGUUCAUGGGAAAGAACUUUGAACCUCUGCAAUUGCUGUGCAAACAGCAGCAUCCUGGUCAUAUAGUCUUAUGUUAAGUCUGAUUUCUUAUGUUAAGAAAUCAGACAUCUCCACCUCUUAAGUAGAUUACAUUCACCAUUCUCACCGAUUAUGUUUGUAAUAACCAGGGAAUGUUAGUUAUUUUCAUAAUCAAAUAGACAUAUCAUCCAUUAAAACAAGAUAAUCUGGCAUAAACACAUAGUAAUCACUCUAUUCCCAGUGUAAUUUACAUGUCUUGAUUUGUUUCAUUGAGCUGCACUUGAUCUGCACUGGAGGAACAUAAUCUUUAUAUAUUACAAUAUGUAAGCAAACAUGCUAAAAUUGUUAGUUAUAUAUCAUUAAUAAAAUGUAAGUUAUUCGAGGAAACGAAAGGGUUAGAUAAACCUCUGAAGCUCUGGUAUAGUGUGUUUUCAUAGUGAACACCUGCACCAGGUGGAAUAAUACUGGUCCCCGCCCUCUGAGAACACAGGAUGCAAAUGCUCUUGUUGUACAUAUCAGGUUUUUAGUCAUUCUGUGGGAGGAGAGACAGCUGACAGUGUGCUUCUGCUUGCAGAUACUAAACUACAAACUGAACUGACUGGAAUACGCUAGGGAAGAAGCUUCAAAUAAAAUUUGUCAAGUGGACCACCAUAGAUUUCACUACAGAGAUGCCAAUUGCAGAAUUGCUUGGAGUGCACUUUGACAUGCAGCUCCUGGGCAAACUCACUCUAUCCGUGGCCACUAUGCUAUUUGUCUCCUUGGUUUUCAGAUUCUACAACGCCAGGGCAAGAAACAGACGGCGAGGAAAUGAAAGAAGGGGUGUGCAAGCAACCCAAACAAGCUACAGCACCUGCAAUACUGUGCAAGAACCACAGAGUAAAGCUGCAAAGGAGGAGUCUGACAGGGAAAAUCUUUUUCAACAAUCUUCAGAGAAACCCUUGCAAGAAAGCCUUAAAAAUGACAAUUCUGCAUUGAAAAGGGGUCAGUCUGACACUAUGGACUUGAACAGUUGUGCAAAGGAGGAACCUGCAAGUAAAAGCAAUGCAAUUGAGGUUACAACUGAGGCAAACAGUGGCAAACCAAAGUUGACCUUACAACUUCCUGGUGUGACGGAAAAAGAUCCAGUAAUACCAAGUGGUCGCAGAUCCCCAGUCCUAAUGAAGAAGCUGGAAGGUGGCACAGGUGUUGGCAGGCAGCUGAUACAAGAUGUCGGUCACCAGGGCAUGUUCUCAAGUUUUCAGUCAAAGGCGGAAAUCAAAGUAGAGAAUGCUGACCUCAUCUUGGAUGGGCCAAGGAAUUGUAGAACGGGCGUCCAUGGAAAGAUAUAUGAGUACUAUGUAGAGUCCUCUUCUCAUUUCAUCUCAGAUUUAAGCCCCACCCCAUCUGUCAGUCCAGUUUAUGGUCAAAACGAACUCAGCACUUUGUUUAAAUCGCAGUCACUGGAUUUACCCAGUUUUAAGGGCCGCUCCCGAUCGCCAAGUCAACAGCCUUCUAGUUUCAUAAUGCGAGAUCUCGAAAUUGCUCCACGAAUUGCUAAUGAGCCUCCCUCAACAUUCAAACCAACUGUGAGGUACAGCAGGCAAGUAGUCAUCCGUCAGGACAGCUAUCUUACAGCUGCCAGUGACUCAGAGCUUCCAAUCCCCUUGCCUACACAUAGGGCUUUAACGCCUCGCAGCUGUUCUCCAGCACAACCCAAUGACAUCCCUUCAAGUCCAUUAGACUCUGAUAUAGCAAACCUGGAUGCACUGGAGGAACCACAAGUCAAAACUGUCGCCGGAGCAAAAUUCUUACACUUUCCAGAGAACAUGGGAAAUGCAGAACUUGAGAGUCUAGCAGGGAAGCUCGAUUUAGGCAACUGCUUGGAGGCUUUAACACUUGCUAAAAAACGUGGUCACACUGCCCUUCAGCAAGCUGCUCUCCGUGUCAUGUCUGAUAAUUACCUUCAGGUCCUCAGAGACCCAGGUCUCUUUGGCAGGCUGAAAGCAGGGGAGCGUGAUCACAUCCAAACACAACGCAUGAGAGGAAGGAAGUGGUUAGUGGUCGCAGAUAUGGAUUCCCCAGAUUGGAGUAGACGUCUGUCACAGUCAAUGGAUUUAGGUUCUGAAUCAGUUAAGUUGUCAAGCGGUAUUUAUUACUACAAUGAUUAUAAGGACACAUGGCACCUUCAUACCCACAUUCCCCAGGAAGUGUUAUCUAAAGGUUGUGCCAUGUGCACCAUGGAUAAUUAUUUAUUUAUCGCUGUGGGUUUCCAAGGCCCAGACCGUGAAGCAACCCCUUCAAGGAAAGUGUACUGUUACAACCCAAUGACUUCGAUUUGGAGCGAAAUAAGCCCCAUGAAUGAAGCAAGGCCUCACUGCAAACUCGUGGCUCUGCAGGGCCAUCUGUACGCCAUUGGAGGCGAAUGCCUAUCAACGGUUGAGCGUUACGACCCCAGGACAAACCGGUGGACCUUUGUGGCACCUCUUCCUAAUGAGACAUUCGCUGUAGCUCACAAGGCCACAGCUUGCAACGGUGAACUGUUUGUUGCAGGUGGCACGUUGAGAUACACCCUCUUGCGCUAUAAUCCCAAGACCAACACAUGGCGAGAGAGCAUGAUCAUUGGUAGUAAGGACAAAACCACAGAAAUGGUGGCAGUCAGGAAUUUCUUGUACCGCUUUGACGUCAGUCCCCUGGGCAUCAGCGUGUUUCGCUUUCAUGCAAUGGCCCGACUGUGGUACGAAUGCUCUUCGAUACGCCUCCCACAUUGCACAGCCUUUCAGUGUGUGACUAUGGACAAUAUUAUCUACUGUGUGAACCGUCAAUUUACUUUGAGAUUCCUUGCAGAUGAGGUAUGUCCAAGCUUUGUUGCACAGGAUUUGAAAGUGUUGUAUCCGGCUAAAGGCAUUUUGUUUCCAUUUGUCCUUGUGCUUCCCGAUAGGUCCACUCAACAAACUUGUGUUUAAAAAAGUUCAGAUAUUUCUACACUUGGGAUCAUAUUAUGCACAUAUUAAAGGAAUGACCCUCUUUUAAUUACCGGCAAUUGAAAUAAAAUAUCAAGGCUAUUACAUGCAAUUAUUGUACAGCUAGAUCACAAUUACCCAGCACUAACUGAUAAAUAAAUCUGCUGUCGCAGUGAAGGCUAUUUGUUUGUUUGGUCCUUUAAACCACUCUGAUUUCUAAAUCAACCUUUAAAUCCUGGAAAUGUCUUGUGCAAGUGCUUAAAAUGUUUCAGUAAAUUUACCGCUUUUGAAACACUGUGUGGAUAAUGUUAACCAAUCAAUACUGUGUGUAGAAUAACGCCGAACUGCAAUUGCGGAGCUGGCUUCAUAAACAACAUGAAUGGCUGCCAUUAGUACAAUUUAUGUAAGCUCUCUAAUUAUAUUCAUAGGUUUUUUAUUCAUUCCUUUCUGCAUAUUUGCAGUUGUUUCUCUGCAUAACACAUGAUUAAUCUUAC